AUGGCUGGAAAAAGGCUCCUGGAUUUGGCUGCUAUCUUCAAUGCUUCUCGAGGCGUUGCGCAGAAGCAUGUCGCCUUGAGGACAAGACAGGUCGAUGUAUACAAUCGGACCUCGACGUUAGCCCGAGCAGUGCGAAACCAGACCGACAGGAUCACCGAGACUGUCAAAGCCGCGUCAUUCCUUGCUUCGCGUUUGAAUGAGGAUGCGCCGUCGUGGGCUUCGGAUCCUGCAGACGAAAGGAAAGCUGCGUCCUCCCAUAAUGGGGAAACGAUUCCUAGGAAGAAACCCACGGAAGUAGAGCCGGCUGCGGGUGUGAAAGAUGGUUUAGAGCAGGACCACCAUUACGACAGGUCGCCGGCCAAUGCUCCUUUAGACCCUCCGCCAGAGGAAGAUUUGGAGAUUCAGCAGGAGAAAGCGGAUCGUUAUCCUCUUUCUGACGGAACUAUACCCCCAGCCGAAGUAGACGAAAGAGCCGCCCCAAUAGAUGACGAUGUUGUGCCGAUACGACCUCAAGAUGAACCGCAUAAGAAGCCAUUGAAAAAUGAGGGUCUCGAGCCUGCCUCCUCCGGCGCUUCCACUAUUCCCCUUCCUGAUAAAAAGCCGCUUUCUUCAAGGUCAGCAAGGGUGGCACAGCGAAAUUCUGAGUUUCAAAUACCUUCGAAGACUGCAGAUGCCUACGAUGGUUCAAGCAUGCCUCUACGGGAAGGUCAUGAUGACGAGACAUUCAAUAAACGCUCAACCCAUACUUCACCAGAACUGUCUUCCUUACCGCGAGUUAAGAUUCCAAAAUACCCUUCAAAUACCCAGGAACCGACAAAUAAGACAUUGAAUUCAGAUACAUUUUAUACUGAGAGUCCGGAAUCAGCAGUAGACCCUGAGCAGGAAGAAAUUCCUGAAGGUGUCAAUAUAGCUGUUUUUCAUAGUUCGAAGAUCGCUAGAUCACUGGGUGGGAGAAUGCAAGAAGGGAGGGUUGGUCUUGGAGAUUUGCAACCUUCAAGUCUUCCAAAGGACGAGAUCCAUGAUUUGGCCAAAGAAAUAUCUCAAGAGGCCGAUAAACAUAGUAAGAUUGAAGCAAGCCCGGAAGCGCCACCUUAUGAGUUGAGGGAAUCAAAAGUUCCAUCUUCGAGACUAGGGAGGAUUUGGAAUUAUGGUGGCCUUGCUGCUGGUAUGUUCGGCGGAGCAAUCAGCGAAAGUAUCCGUCGUGUUGGUGGAGGUGGAGGAGAGGGCUCUUAUAUGCUCAGUGCAGGCAACAUGGAGCGACUUGUAACCAAGUUAUCUCGCAUGAGGGGUGCAGCUUUGAAAUUGGGACAGAUGAUCAGCUUCCAGGAUUCCAAAAUGCUCCCUGCACCGAUCCAAGAAGUGUUACAGAGAGUACAGGACCGUGCAGAUUAUAUGCCUCCUUCGCAGCGCGACAAAGUUCUCACUGCCAAUCUUGGAUCCGAAUGGCGAGAGCUCUUCUCUAGCUUUGACGAGAAGCCCAUCGCCGCUGCGUCUAUAGGACAGGUUCACAAAGCUGUACUGAAGUCUAAUGGAGCCCCAGUCGCUGUAAAAGUCCAAUAUCCUGGCGUCGCAGACUCUAUCGAUUCCGAUCUCAACAACUUAGCCACUCUACUGACCGCAUCACGGCUUUUACCAAAAGGUCUGUUCCUCGACAAGACAAUUGCCAACGCUCGGACUGAAUUAGCCUGGGAAUGUGACUACAUCCGGGAAGCGGAAUGUGGUCAACGCUUCCAGGAACUACUCGCCGACGAAGAAGACGUUUUCGUUGUGCCCAAAGUUUAUUCGGAAGCAUCAGGAAAACAGGUCCUCACCAUGGAAUUCUUAGAUGGUGUUGGAGUUACGAGAGUAAAAUCCUUCACGCAGGAGCAGAGAGACUGGAUCGGAACCCAGAUUCUCCGCCUUUGCCUACGCGAAAUCACAGAGUUCAAAUACAUGCAGACAGAUCCUAAUUGGACCAACUUUUUAUACAAUGCCGAGACAAACAAGCUGGAACUCCUGGAUUUUGGUGCUUCUAGGGAGUACCCAGAAGAGUUCAUGAAACGAUAUACGAAGUUACUAUCGGCGGCUUCUGUAUCGGACAGAAAAACAGUCACGGAUCUCUCUAUCGAGUUAGGAUAUCUAACUGGACUUGAGUCGAAGGCAAUGCUGGAUGCACAUAUAGCAUCUAUACUGACUCUUGCUGAACCGUUCUUGGAAUCAUCACCCGAGAUAUAUGAUUUCAAGGACCAGACGAUCACGGAGAGAGUCAAGGCAUUGAUUCCGGUGAUGAUUAGAGAGAGAUUAGCUCCGCCUCCCGAGGAGACUUAUAGCUUGCACAGGAAGCUCAGUGGGGCCUUCUUACUUUGUGCUAGGCUGGGGAGUCGUGUACCAUGCCGGGAGAUGUUUAAGACUAGCAUGGAAAAAGCUAACGUUCUAUAA